GCCUUGCGCCCGGGUGAGGCGGCGGCCUCGAGGUUGUCCUGCUGUGCUCCGCAGUGCUCCAACGCCGCGGGGCGGCUCCGGGCGCCGCCUCAGCUUCUACAGGAGAGACGUUGUGGGUGAGACAGAGGGAACAUCAAAUGAGAAACUGGGAAGAGAUAUGAAGUAGCGGGACCAGUUUUUCUAAUUUCUCAACAGAAAGCUCAACUGAUCAAAGAGAAGGAAGGAAGCAAUUUGCUGGGCUCCCAGGACACCAACGCAGAGCUACCUUCGAGCCGGCACUGUGUGACUGCAUGGAGACUGUCUGUGCCAGUGGGCCAGACCUAAAGAAGGAACUACCAGAUGAUGCUGAGGAUUCCUGCAUUCAUCGACAGAAGCAGUUUAGUGAGACAAAGGAACCGUAAGGCAGGAUAUGCAGUAACUGCUACUGAGCAGGUAAUCAGAGUACAACCGUUACCUGUAGGGACUUCCACUAAGAGGUCUAAAAUAGCCUUAAACGUAUGGACAGAUGCUAAAUAUGCAUUUGGGGUGGCACACACUUAUGGUACCAUCUGGAAAGAGCAAGGAGUGCUCACACACAGGGAAAACAAAUUGAGCACGGUGUAUAUCUACCAAAGAGCGUGGCUGUUAUACACUGUGAUGGACAUCAGAAAGGUGACACUGUCCAGGAAACUGGAAAUAUGAUAGGGAUCAGGUGGCAAAACAGGCAGUUGAAGGAAAAGAGAUAGCAGAACUGGCUUUAAUUCCAGAUGGUAAACUUCAAAUCUCUGAACCUGAGUCAGCCUGUGGAGCAUUUUAGAGGGGACGGGAAUCUAAUUAAUGAUUUAGAAGGGAAGAGAGCUAGCUGACAGAUGGGUGCGUACCCAGAUGGACACGCUGUUGUGCCCUUUAGUACUUUAUGGAAGUUGGUUCUAAGGGAACAUAUUGAAACAUACUGAGGGGACAAACAGUAGAAAGUAAUUGCGCAAUCUAGUACCAGGAACAGGGUACAAGUGGGGCCUAUUAGGAAAGGGAACCUUCCAGGGCAACAAUGGCAAAUUGUUUUUUGUUUGGAACUACCAGGAAAAAAGGAGGGUUUUGUUAUAUGCUAGUUGAAACCAAUACCUUUCCAGGGUGGCCAGAAGCAUUCCCUCUGCAAAGCCAAAGAAGUAGCCGAGGUAUUGUUGCAGGAGAUUAUUCCAAGGUUUGGGGUUAGCGCAACAAUAUCCUCCAACCAGGGAGCUCCCUUGAUUGUAAAGAUUGUCCAACAGGGCAGAAAUAGCUUUGGGAAACAGAGAAACUGGUUCUAGGAACAAGAGCCCAAGGCCUUGACAGCUUGAUAAAUCAUAUUUUACAAAGAGAUUAUGUGUAUAUAUUAGAUCUCUUUCAGACCCACCCCUGGAACCAAGCUGGGAAGGUCUGUUCCAGGUGCUGCUAACGUCCCACACAGCUGUCAAAGUUAAAGAACAAGCGCUGUGGAUGCAUUAGACUAGGGUCAGUAAGAUUCCUUGAACACAAUGGGAAUCGAAGUCAGCUGGACCUUUAAAACUGCAAAUCCAAAGACAGUAAAUAUGGGCUCUUGUAAUAGUGAGAAAUUUGAUAAGUGCGGCUUUUGAUGCAAAUGCUUAUGUAAAAAACAAAAACCCAAAAGCUUUGCAAAGUAUGCCAGUCUCAGUCAUUGUGCAGUAUGUGGCCAAGCCGAUGAUUUUAACUCUCCACUCCUUGGAAUCCCUGAUGCAUUUAACUAGAAGGAGCACUGAUGGCCAUCGGUUGCUGUGUUAUCCUGUGUGUGAAGGGGCUGGUUCAACAACUGAUCGAGACAGCACUAUUGAAGCAAACAGCAAGGGAGCCACCACCACAUUUGGAUAAAAUGAUGGUGUGAGAGGAGAUGGGGAAUUGUGGAGAGCCUGUACACAGAGUGGCUACGUGACAAGGGCCACGAUGGAAUGCCACUCGUGAAACAAUAAAAGAAAGUAUGUAACUAGAGGCAAGGACGGCUACUCGGGUAGAUGGAAAACAGGAUGCAUAUCUACAGCAAUGAAGAAACAGUAACCGCAAGGCUAACCACAAAGGUCAAGAUGAAGUAAUGCAUAAUCCGCCAAUCCUGAGCUAUGCUUUUGCAAUAUGUAUAAGCUCAUUACCUACUGUAUAAAUACAAUACCAAUGUGCCUAAUAAAUGAGACCUGUUGAUCAUGACAGCUUGAGACUCGUCUCCCGCGGUUAUUUUCCGACAAAUGGUGACCCCGACGUGAUACAGACCGGGGAACUUUGGCUGCCACGAACGGAGACUGCGUUGGGUUCGGGUCCCGCAGCUAGACGGACGGCGAAAGAGUGAAAUAUUGGACUCCGUGCCUUGGGCGACCACAGCGGUGGGCUCGACCGAUACGUGCUGCCGAAGCUUGGGGGGCUGCAACAGCGCUGACGUAGGUAAGGAUGGACAGGCAAGCAGCAUAUGAUUUAUUCACUGCCUUUCUGAGAAAGAGGCAAUUCCGGGGGGUAGACUUAGAGAAGGAGCUUCCUGCCCUGCUGAGUCAUGCAGUAUCACACGGGUUUUUCGCUGACCCUCACUCGGUACACACGCUAGAUGAGUGGCGACGGUAUGGGGAUAAGCUUUGGGAGUUGGUGUUGGAAGAUGACAAGGUAGCAAAAAGGAUGAGUAAGUUGUGGAAGGCAGUGCAUAACGAGUUGUUGAUGGGUCAGGCGGAGAAGAGGGCUGCGCAGGGAGCGCAGGCAGCUCAAGAAAAGAACAAAGAUUAUGGGUUGAUCUGGGAUAACACUCCAAACCCCCCCUCCUUUCGCAUGGUUAUGCUACCCGCUGCUCCCCCCGCAUCCGCAAAUGGAGUGCAGGCUCAGUCAACCGCAGAGCCUGUGGAGGCACCCCCGCGUCGGGUUUUAGGGCCAUCAGCAUUAGAUGGUUCCGGGUCGGUUCCCGGUGCCGAGUCUGACCUUGCGGAGGCUAUAGCCAGGGAGAGACGGGAGUUGUGGACCACGUUAGCAAAACAUGGGAUGGAGGACGGAGAUAAUGAGCUUGUGCAGGCAGUGACUGAAAAUCUUGUGUUCCCAGUUGUCUAUACUCCCACGCAGCAGGGCGGGUUACAAGCAGAAAUUCGAACUUUAGAUUGGAAAAUGCUGUCCCAACUACGGGCUACAGUGGGGACAUAUGGGGUAACCAGUGAGCCGGCUAGACAGAUGAUGGAAUAUUUAUUCAGUGCGCAUAUACUACUCCCGGCCGAUAUUAGAGGCAUAGCUAGAUUAAUUUACACCCCCCAUCAACUAAUAUUGUUUAACGCACACUGGCAGCAGGAAGCUGCAAUAUCGGCAGCAGUGCAGAGGGGUCCGGGAGACCCUCUGGCAGGCAUAACAAUAGAACAGUUGAUGGGUCUCGGGGCAUGGACUCGGAUAGAGGCACAGGCAAUUUCGGGACCUGAUGUUUCCCGAGAAAUAAUGGCUGUAGCCAGACGGGCUAUGGACAAGAUAAAGGCUCCUGGAGGUACACCUAUUUACAUGGGGAUACGACAGGGGCGGGAAGAGCCGUUGGGUGAUUUUGUGGAUAAGGUUAUGGAUGCGAUUAAAAAGGCUAGCGUACCAGAGUACAUGCAGGGGGCAUUGCUUAAGCAGUGUGUGCUUCAGAAUGGGAACUCGAAUACUCGGUCCCUUGUCAAUACCCUGCCUGGGGAUUGGUCGAUCCCGGAGCUACUGGAAAAGGCCGCUACGGUCCCCUCGGGGACCCAGGCUUUCCUAGUGAAUGCCCUGCAGAAGAUUGGGGAUGGGUUACGGGAGCAGGCCAGAGCAUUGCAGGAACAAUCAAGGUCAGCUCAGACCCAGGUGUUAGCAGCCCUUGCGCCCCUCCAAGCUACCGUCUCCACUGGCCCCCACCCGCGCGGCAACCCCCGCAUGAAGUGCUUUCGCUGUGGGAAUGUCGGACACAUCCGUGGGUAGGUGCAACAGGCAGGCAUGAAGAUACUCCCCUCUAUCCUCCUGCCAAGCUUGUCUCUAUCCAAGGGCAAGCAGAUGCCCAGAAACAGUGACUGAGUGUUGAAUGAGCACACGUGAGCACACGUUAACUAAUGAGUGACAUGUGCUUAGCUAGCAACAAGUUAUGUUGAUCCAGUAUCCGUACGUUUAGCUGAGCAUCGGGAAGAUUGUGAACCUGAAGUACUCAGCCAAUGAGGAACCAAUGAGGGGAGAAAGAGGUAAGCGUCGAUAACAGGGAGUAAAAAUGGAAGGCUGUUUUCUGUGUGCUCUCCUGCUUGCAGGAGGCCUGCCAUUGCAGUUGUGCAUAGAAUCUGCUUUAUCAGAGAUACCGUCCUGAUAAAUUAUUUGUAUUUGCCUAUUUCCAACGUGGCAAGCACACCCCCUUCAGGGCACAUCUCAUCCCACUGUUAGUCAGUCCUUGUAAGAAGCACCACGACAAAUCCACCUGAAAAACACAGCCCUUCCAUUGAGUAACAAAGAAAGCACUCUGCCCUUGCUCCUGACCCUCGUCCCUGCCCCCACCUGCCCUCACAGUACAGCCACCUUCUCUUGAGCAGGGUAAAGAGCAGUGAGAAUUCAUACUUGGUUAUCCUGGCACAAAGAGUUUGUGGGCCACAAAGAGAAAUGCCUGCAUUCCAGAAAACAGAGACAAAAAGAGACAGUCGGAGGAGUGCCUAAUAAAGAUGUGACGAUGUUCUCAGCUGCGACUGGUGUUGCUGGAUACAAGCAACCACACGAGGGAGGCUGAGCACGCUCUCCUGUCUCUAUCCCAAUCCAAGAAACACACAGAAGAGCUCAGUGCUCUCUUGCUUUCAUUUCCUUCCAUGAGCCAUUUUCAAAUGCACGUUGUUCUAGGCCGGCACAAGCUCUAGGGCCUAAAGGCACCGCCUGAGUGGCCAGCACAGCCCCGGGGACUAAAGCCACCGGGGACUAAAGCCCCCGGGGACUAAAGCCUCAGCCAGAGAGGCAUGAGGUCCCUGUGGUCUAAAGCCACCACAAGAGAGGCCAGCACCGACCCCAGCGCCUAAAGCCACAGCCAGAGAUGCCUAAACAGACCCCGGGGCCUGAAGCCGCAGGCAGGCAGGCCUGCACUGGCACUGCAUCCUGAAGACUCAUCCUCAGCCUGAGAGGUCAGCACCAGCCCUGGGCCUACAGCCACAGCCAGAGGCAGAGAGGCCAGCACAGCCCGGGGGCAGAAAGCCAGACUCAUGGCAUUGAGAGGCCAGCACCAGCUCCAGGGCCUAAAGCCACAGACACAUCCAGUGAGUCUGGCACCAGCCCUGGGGCCUAAAGCCACAGCCACAUAGGGCAGCACUGGCCCUGCAGCCUACAGCCACAGCCCAAAGGGCCAGCACAUGCCCUGGGGCCUGAAGCCACUGCUAGAGAGGCCAGCACCGGCCCCAGGGCCUGAAGCCACAGCCCGAGAUGCCUAAACCGACCCGGGGCCUGAAGCCACAGCCCGAGAUGCCUAAACCGACCCGGGGCCUGAAGCCACAGGCAGGAGGGCCUGCACCGUGCCGCUGCCUGAAGCCUCAUCCCCAGCCUGAGACGCCGGCACCAGGGACAGAGAGCCCUAAAGCCACAGCCAGAGCCAGACAGGCCGGUACUGGCCUAGGGGCUAAAAGCCAGAGUCACGGCCUGGGAGGCUGGCACCAGCUCCAGGGCCUAAAGCCACAAACACAGACAGGGAGCCUGGCACCGGCACCAGGGCCUAAAGCCACAGCCCAAGAGGCCAGAACUGGCCCUGGGGCCUGAAGGCACAUCCACAGCCUGACAGGCUGGCAUCAGCCCCGAGGCCUAAAGCUACAGCCCAAAGGGCCAGCACAUGCCCUGGGGCCCGAAGCCCCACUCAGCAAGGCCGGCAUCGGCCCAAGGGCCUGAAGUCACAGCCCAAAAGGCUGGAAGCAGUCCUAGAAUCAUAUCAGAGGAUCAUAGAAUGGCCUGGGUUGAAAAGGACCACAAUGAUCAUCCAGUUUCAACCCCCUGCUGUGGGCAGGGUUGCCAACCGCCAGACCAGGCUGCCCAGAGCCACAUCCAGCCUGGCCUUGAAU